CAUUAUACUUUGUCAAACACACGUUCACACCACACCCAGUUUCGAUUUUUUGCAGCAAACAACAACAAUAUUAACAAAUAAAUAUUCACAGUGCAAUUGUCAAUUAAGGUGGUUGUUUUGUACUGUUGUUUGCUUGAUUUGGCUUCCAAUUUCAGCUGCCGUGUGGGGACUUCUUCUUCAUUAUCAUCAUCUUCUCUGUGGAAUUUCAACUCUUUCUCUUCAUUCUCCUCUGUUUUGGAUUCAAUGGCUCAAGUGGGGCUUCUCUUUCUCAGAAUCUAACUACAAAAAAAAGGGAUUUUUGUCAUUUUGUUCAGUUCAGAGAACCUGAAACUUUUGUUAUAAAAUUUUCUAUUUGGAUUAGAGGUGAGUUUCAAUCUCAAGAUACAAUUUUUUUCACUUCAAGGCCUGCAAUUGAUCUUAAAAAGGGCUGUUACAGUUUGGUUAGAAUGAAAAUGAAGUGGUUUCUUCCAUUCUACUAUGGAGAGAAGAAGGAAGAUCCUAAGAGCUUGCAAUUGCCUUCAUUAUCGGGUCUGUCCAACAUUUCUACUUAUGAUGAGGGUGAGGUGAAAAGAACUGGUUCUGAGUCAAGUUCCCUGGAUGCCUCGAGCCAUAGCACAGAUUCUCUCAGGAGGAAUGCAUUUCCCAGUUUGUCUGAAAGACCCAGCAACCUGAGAGUAUUUACAGUAGCUGAACUGAAAUCAGCCACAAAGAAUUUUGGUCGCUCUGUUAUGCUUGGGGAGGGUGGGUUCGGGUGUGUCUACAAGGGAAUGAUCAAGAGUGUAGAUGAUCCUCCCAGAAGAACUGAAGUUGCAGUUAAACAACUUGGCAGAAGAGGAAUUCAGGGACACAAGGAAUGGGUAACUGAAGUGAAUGUUCUGGGUAUUGUUGAGCAUCCCAAUCUUGUAAAACUAGUUGGCUACUGUGCUGAUGAUGAUGAAAGAGGAAUCCAGCGGCUUCUGAUUUAUGAAUAUAUGCCCAAUAGAAGUGUCGAACACCAUCUCUCCCCACGGUCAGAAACUCCUCUCCCAUGGAGUAGGAGAUUGAAAAUAGCCCAAGAUGCAGCUCGUGGCUUAACAUAUCUGCAUGAGGAAAUGGAUUUUCAGAUAAUUUUCAGAGAUUUCAAAUCUUCAAAUAUUCUGCUGGACGAGCACUGGAAUGCAAAGUUGUCGGACUUCGGGUUAGCAAGAUUGGGACCAGCUGAAGGGUUAACUCAUGUCUCAACAGCGGUUGUAGGAACAAUGGGCUAUGCAGCUCCUGAAUAUAUUCAAACUGGGCGUCUCACCUCGAAGAGUGAUGUAUGGAGCUAUGGUGUUUUCCUUUAUGAACUCAUUACUGGCAGGCGCCCUCUGGAUCGAAAUCGCCCCAAGGGUGAGCAGAAGCUGUUGGAUUGGAUAAGGCCAUACCUUUCAGAUGGGAAGAAAUUUCAAAUAAUAUUGGAUCCAAGACUUGAGAGGAAACACAUCUUCAAGUCAGCCCAAAGACUCGCGGUGAUAGCUAAUCGGUGCUUGGUCAGAAACCCGAAGAAUCGCCCUAAGAUGAGUGAAGUAUUAGAAAUGAUGGAUCAGGUUGUGAAGUCUUCAGUGAGUGCUAAUCAACAGCCACCAUUGAGGAGUGUUGCCUCAGCAGAAGCUUCUCCGGACACUGACAUUAAGAACAAGAAAAGGACCAUAGAUUCAAAACCAGAUUGUAAUUGGUUUAGGAUUUGGAGACCAAAGCUUUUGAGAACAUUUUGAUUACUUAGCUUUAAAUGUAUCAACUGUCAAGGUUAUGAAUUACAGGUAAAGUUUCAUUAUAAGAAGAAUCAUCUAUAAUUGUUAGGCUUUAAAUGUAUCAACUGUCAAGCUUUUGUUAAUGCUAUGCCGUCAUAAGAAAAACUCUAACCUAUUCAUCUC